GACGUCACGUACGUCAGUGGCAGCUGUUUACUGUGAACUAUAAUUGCGUUAAAAAAUAUUAAACAAGUGUUUGGCACUGUUAAUUACGUCGCGGAGUGAAGUAGAGUGUAUUAACAGCAUUUGUUAUUGUUAUCUAAUCACAAUUCGGACAAUUCAGCAAUAAAAGUGCUCAUAAUAUGUGCUAUAAUAUUUCUUGUAUUACCUUACAACUUUAGUAUAAUUUUAAUCUCGGCAAUAGUGAAAGUAUCACUUUGUGGCUACGUACUGCAAUUUUUUUUUUAUUAGUGUUUUGACGAUAAAAUUGUUCGCUUAAACUUCUAACGAAAUUAAAUAUUUUUAUUUUUUAUUUUAACGAAAUAUAUAGUAGCGCCAUCUGUUGACAACAAUGCCGAAGUGUCGUGCGUGCGGAAAGUAUGCGGCAAAUGCCGACUGUUUACGUUGUAUUAAGUGUACAAGUGUGUACCACCGCGCCUGCAGCGCCGUGCCUGCCGGUCCUAUACCUUUAGGUUUCGUGUGCCAGGGUUGCAAGGCUAAGCCAGCGGACAAUAUGUCGGCAGAAAGCUCGAGCCCAGGUGAUGAAAUAACGGCCACCGGAAAGGGCGGCGCAGACUGUUCCCGUAUGCUCUGCGAACUCAUAGAAGAGAUAAAGGGACUCCGAAGCGACCUUAAAGAGGCAAGGAAUGAGAUGAAGCAGUUCAAGGCAGAUCUGCAGGCAUGCUGCAGUCGAAUAACUUCUGUCGAAGGCAAAGUUCUCGAGGUUGAGAAAAAAAUCGACUCAAAAACCUUCGAUAACGCUCACCUUGAGAACACAAUAGCGGACCUGAAAACGCAAUUAAAUGAACGGGAUCAAGAGCUGCUGCUAAAUGAUGUGGAAAUAGCCGGCCUGCCAGAGGAGAGAAGAAACGUAUUAAUCGGCCUUAAGGGAUACUUAAAACUCGGUUUUCUCAACGUCGGCUCGCUUAACACGUACUCUGAAGACUUUGUCGCACUUGUGGAGCGUCAUGCUAUAGACUUGAUGGCGGUGGGUGAGACGUGGCUACGUGCCGGCGAGGAGGGCAGCGCCCCGCGCCCCGCAGGCUACCGAUUUCUGCACACGCCGCGCCCGCGCUCCGUGCGCGAUGGCCGAGGUGGGGGAGUCGGUUUUUUUGUAAAGCGCGGCAUCAAUGUGCGCGUUUUUGCUCACCCCGUUGAGCCAUCGCUCAUCUCUGUAGAACAAAUGUGGCUAACGCUUAAGAUAAACAACAAGAUACUGGCUAUCGGCACCGCGUACCGUCCACCGUGGCUGGACGUCGACUCGUUUUUCGAUGCGGUUACCAUAUCCAUUGUGGAAAAAGCUGUAUGGAUCCAACUGUCAGAGUAUUUGGAAACUAACAAUAUAUUACCUGAAUUUCAAUCUGGGUUCAGGAAAGGCCACAGCACGACCACGGCUCUCUUAGAUGUUACUGACAACAUCAUCGCUGCUCAAGAUGACGGCAUGUGCACAAUCUUGGUGCUUCUCGAUUUUUCAAGGGCUUUUGACUGCAUAGAUAUUUCCCUUCUACUUUCUAAAAUGGUCUAUUAUGGUUUCGACCCAGAUACAGUUAGUUGGUUCCAAAGUUUCCUCACCGGCCGUGGUCAGUGUGUCGAAAUAGUGCAGGAUAACG